AUGAAAGUUGGCUUGAGUUCCCAUGACAAAGACGUGAUUCUGAAUACCCUUAGUAUUCUCACAAAUCUUCUUUCUGUUGGGACAAACAGGAGGGUCCAGUAUACUAUUAGCAAAGGGGGUAGCGAAGCCCUUUUGCAGGCAUUGGUGAAUGCAGCACGAACUCCAGUACCAGACUAUGACAUCUUGUUACCUCUCUUGCGUUUGCUGGUCAGAGUUGGCUGUAAAGAUAACAAAUUUGGAUUAAAAGCACAGCGCCUGGAGGCGAUUGAUGUAACCCUCAGCCUGGCACGAAAAAAUCUUCACCACCACGAGAAUCUCACCCACUGUCUCUGGGCAUUGCAGAUUUAUGCUUCUAAUGUUACAGUAGGAACUAUGUUGGGCAUUAAUGGAGCGAUGGAAUUGCUCUUCCAAGUUAUCACACCAUAUACCAAGAAGCAUACCACCACAACAAGGGCAGCAGUUGAAGCUUUGGCAGCUUUGCUGAAAUCAAAAUCCAACAGUCGCCGAGCUGUACACAGAGGCUACUUUUGUCAGCUGCUCCGGUUGUAUCAAGAUUGGCAUCAUCGAGACACUUCAAAUAACUACAUUCUAAUCCGGAGGGGUCUUUUGCUUUGUCUCAAGCAUGUCACCAAUGUCCGCUCUGGGAGAGAAAGUUUCCUUCUUAUUCAUGGCAUGGAGAUGCUUUUCAGAACAACACAGACUUGUCUGUUCAGCAAGAAUCUGGACCCUAUCGUCAAUACAGUGACUCAGAUCCUCAGGAAAACCUAUCCGAAGAUGCCCUUUCCUUCAGCUGAAAUUAGCAGUUCCUAUUCUUUUCCCAUUCCUGGGAAAACAGAAUCUUCACUUUCCAGACCUGAAGAUUAUCUUGAUGAAGACACUGAGGAAGAGAUUGAGAAAGACUGUGAUAAUGAAAACGCUGAAAAUAAGGAGGAAGAUGAUGAUCUAGAGAAGGAUAUUAACAAGCUUCUAUCAAGGCCAGAGCUUGACCGACCUGAAUUGGAACUGAAUCAGUAUAUGGUCAUGUGUCCUGAACUUCAGUAUAACUUUCAGGUAAAUGAAUUGGAGCCUAAUGAUGAACUGAAUUCUGUGGACAUCCCUGGGAUCCUGACCAGUUCCUGCCUCCAUGUCAUUCCAUGUGCUGCUUCCCUGAAGUGCCAGCACAAAUGUAGAGAAGGGGACCAAAGUAUAGAAGAAAAAAAGCAGAUCCAGAGGACUUUAGAGAGGCCAGUAUACAGAGAGGAAAGAAAACAGAAACUCCAUGAACCUGAAAAAAGAACUUUGGGUGAAUCAGAAACUUCUUUCAGAAAAGGCAUGAUCUCCAGUGAGGGUCAUGAAACCCAAGAGGGAUUAGGGAACUGGCAGACAUCCCAGUUCCAACAUGUGAAUUCCUGUGGACCUGGCUGCCAGGAGGGAACAGAAGCUUCUGAAGUGGUUACAAAGCUUUUGGAGAGGCAUCCUGGGAACAUCUCUUUCCACAAACCUAAGUUAUUUAUGGCAAGGGCUAACUGCACCCGCUCCAUUCCAGAGUACAGAGUAUUGGCAUUCCCAGAUCUCUGGGGUCAUCAACCUCCUCCUCACAGCCAGCCUUUGCAGCAAAGGAAAUGUGGUAUCCAAAAGGUCAAAAUAUUUGAUGAUAUACGCCGUGUGGUCCAGCCAGCUGAUAUAACCAAGCGAGUUGUCUUCAGUUUAGACGGCUCUGAUUCUUUGCAUUCAGAUCAACAAAAUGGCUUAAAAUUCUUUUCCAAAUUUGAAUCUGGGAACCUCCGCAAAGCCAUUCAAGUGCGGGAGUAUGAAUAUGAUUUGAUCCUCAACCCUGAUAUCAACUGUGCCCAAUACCAUCAAUGGUUCUACUUUGAGGUCAGUGCCAUGAAGUCUGCCAUUCCUUAUCGCUUCAACAUCAUCAACUGUGACAAGCCAAACAGCCAGUUUAAUUAUGGUAUGCAACCAGUCAUGUAUUCAGUGAAGGAAGCUCUACAGGGGAGACCUCACUGGAUUCGAGUGGGCUAUGAUAUCUGUUAUUACAAAAAUCACUACCGAAACUAUGGCCCAGCAGCGGCAGAAGGUCCUUGUGGGAAGUCAUGCUAUACUCUCACCUUCAGCCUCGUUUUCCCUCACCAAGAAGAUGUUUGCUACCUGGCCUACCAUUACCCAUACACCUACUCUACCAUGAUGUCUCACCUUGACAUCUUGCAGCAAACCAGGAAUACAAAGAAAAUCUUCUUCAAGAGGCAAAUCCUUUGCUACACUCUAGCGGGAAAUGCGUGCCCACUGCUUACCAUCACUGCCAUGCCUCAAUCGGAAAGCAGGAAUGACCUGGAGCAGUUCCGUGACCGUCCUUAUAUCGUACUCACGGCACGGGUUCACCCUGGUGAGAGCAAUUCCAGCUGGGUUAUGAAGGGGACUCUGGAGUUCCUCCUCAGUAACGAUCGACUAGCUGAUCUUCUGCGCCAAUGCUUCAUCUUCAAGAUUAUUCCCAUGCUGAAUCCAGAUGGAGUCAUCAAUGGCCAUCAACGGUGUUCCUUGAGUGGUGAUGAUUUGAACAGGCAAUGGCUGAAACCCGACCCUGUGUACCACCCCACCAUUUACCACAGCAAAGGUCUCCUUUAUUACCUCAAGAGCCAAGGUCGAGUUCCAGUGGUGUUUUGUGACUACCAUGGUCAUUCUCAGAGAAAGAACAUCUUUCUGUAUGGAUGCAGCAUAAAGGAGACUCUCUGGCAGGCAGGAUGUACUGUAGACACAUCCAAGGUGACUGAAGAUGUUGGCUAUCGGACUCUGCCAAAGAUCUUGGAUAAAGUGGCUCCUGCUUUUCUCAUGAGUAGCUGCAGCUUCUUGCUGGAGAAGUCACGUGACUCCACAGCCCGAGUGGUGGUUUGGCGGGAAAUAGGAGUGCUGAGGAGCUACACCAUGGAAAGCACCUAUUCUGGAUGUAGCCAUGGACUCUAUAAGGGUCUUCAGAUGGGAACUUCAGAACUGGAGGAGAUGGGUGCCAAAUUCUGCCUUGGACUUCUGGUCCUUCAGCUUAAAUCCCUGCCAUGCAGCAAGAAGGUGAUGACCCAGGCAGAGACUUUAUUGGAUCUGGAAGAGGAAAUUGCUGAUCUCCAGUCACAAAGGUCAGACCAGUAA